UCUGCGGGAUCCCGCCGGAGUUCUGCGGCAUUCCCAUGGCUGUCAGCCUUGACCUCCGGGGGAACGACCUCGCCGGCGUGAUCCCGCAGGUGGGCUCGCUCGUCAACCAGGGCCCCACCGACUUCGGCGACAACCCGAGGCUAUGCAGGUUUCCGCUCAAGAUCGAGUGCGCCGGAGAGAGGGAAGAAUCCCGCAGACGAACCCUGGAAUGAACCCUGGUGCAGCGGCGCAGGUUGGAAGGCCGCCGAAGCGUCGGUCGUCGCAUACGGUGUCGAUUCUGGCCGUCAUUGUGGUGGCGGCCAUCGUUGCCGGGCUAGUGCUGCAGUGGCAGUGCCGGAGGACUGCUCGUCAGCCGCUUCCGAGGACUGGUUCCGGCAGGCGCGCCUCGCCGCCGUCAAAUGGAUCCUUGAAACUCGGGGCUGCUUCGGGUUCGGCCACCGCACGGCGUACCUGGCCAUCGCCUACUUCGACCGCUUCUUCCUCCGGCGACGUGUCGAUGUAAUCAAUCACCGCACCGCCGCCGUAAAACAAAUUUAGCCUCUCUGCUUCUUAGGAACGGGAUGAUGAUGUGGUUGUGUGCGUGCAGAGGGCGGCCAUGCCGUGGGCGGCGCGCCUCCUAUCCGUGGCCUGCGUCUCCGUGGCGGCCAAGAUGGAGGAGUACUCCGCGCCGGCGCUGUUGGAGCUCAACGCCGGCGGCGGCUACGAGUUCUGCUCCGCCUCCGUCCGCCGGAUGGAGCUGCUCGUGCUGUCCACGCUCGGUUGGCGCAUGGCCGCCGUUACGCCGUUCGACUACCUCCCUUGCUUCUCCUCCCGGCUCGACCGGCACGACGGCCGUGGCGGCGGCGGGCAUGACCCCGCCCACGUCGCCCUCAAGUCCAUCGGCUCCAUCUUUGCCACAGCCGAAGCCGGCAGUGUGCUGGAUUACAAGGCAUCUACUGUGGCUGCAGCUGCAAUCUUGGCUGCAUCCUAUGAAGCUCUACUGACCAAAGAAGCACUGGAGUCCAAGAUGGACAAUCUAUCUCCAUCAUGCCCCAUUGAGAAGGAGCAUGUACAUGCCUGCUACAGCAUGAUGGUUGACGACUUGAAAAGCAGAAUGAGCCAUGGCAAGAGAUCAUUGCCAUGUUCAGACUCCAAUGAAGUUGCCAUCAGUACAUAUGAUUCUGUUCUUGUUGAUGAUGUUGCCGACACCGCCGCCUUCAUCGCAGCUGUGUCGGAGAUGAACAAGCAGAUCAGACUGGCAGCUGGAUGGCGGCAUCGUGUACAGGGUCGUCCCCGGCCGCGGCACCGACGUAGCCGCCGCCGUCUCAGUGAGCCCAACGACGGCGAUGGCACUGAGUCCGGGUGGCGCCGGCGCCGUGCCUUUGAGGCCGAGGCUGCACCCAUUGCCUAUGUUGCCACUGCCGAGCACGGAGACGCGGCCACAGCCUUGCAUCCGCAGAAGAGAUGGUUGCGUCCAGCAGGAUUCCUCGUUGUAUUCCGUGGCUGGUGUUCAUCAUUUGGUGGAGGCUCAGGACAGAGUAGCACCGCCCGCUGCAGCUCGACGGGUGGCACAACAAUGAACGAGAGACCAUGAGAACACUGAUGAGGCCAUGGAGUGGAGGCGCUCGAAUGGGCAGCUUGGCGACAUCGUCGGUGCGUAGAAAACCAGUCUCAGCGACGCGACAUCGUCGCCGGUGGAACUGAGAAAAUACUGAUAGCGGCCAUGCGGCUUCUACUUGACGACUCGGUGCGAUGGCCGCGGCCGUGUGGCUUCCCUCGGCGACUCCACAACUCGGCGCGAAGACGGCGACGACGGCUUCCAGUCGACAACUCGGCGUGUGCGCUCGGCGACGGCCACUUCCCUCGGCGACUUGGCACGCAUGGACGGCGGCGGCCGCUUCCCUCGGCGACUUGGCACGCAUGGACGGUGGCGGUUUCAACUUGCCGACUCAGCUCGCUUCCGCUGCAGCUUUCGUUCGUCGAGUUGGCGAAUAUCAGUUGCGAUGAGUAUCCGUAUAUAAUCGUGCUUUCGUAAAAACAUGUAUUAGUAGUUUUUCAUAAAACGCAUAUUUCUGGCUU